AUGGCUGCCCAGAAACGCCCAAAUUUCUUAGUCAUUGUGGCCGAUGAUUUGGGCUUCUCAGAUAUCGCCCCUUUUGGCGGCGAGAUCAAUACACCGAACCUCGCCAAGUUGGCGAAGAAUGGAAUCCGCUUUACUGACUUUCACGCUGCGGCUGCGUGCUCACCAUCCCGUGCCAUGAUUAUGACUGGUACGGAUCAUCAUAUUGCUGGACUUGGAAAUCUUAUCGAGUGGACCAACAAAUCUGGGCAGAAUGACCCAAAAGGGGGGAUGUCAACGGCCGUGCAACGGGGUAUGCCAGGCUAUGAAGGUUACCUCAAUGAGAGAGUGGCGGCGCUGCCUGAGAUUCUCCGUGAUGCUGGCUAUCUCACUCUCAUGUCCGGCAAGUGGCAUCUCGGGCUGACCCCUGAGCGCAGCCCGAAGGCCCGUGGUUUUGAGAAAAGCUUUGCGCACCUACCAGCAUGCAGCAACCACUUUGCUUAUGAGCCGCAACUUGAGAAGAUGGACGAAAUUCCCGAGUUCAUGGAGAUGAGCUUCAUUGCCCUUCACAGUGAAGAUGGCGAGUAUGUGAAGAAACUUCCGAAGGGAUGGUAUUCGUCAGAUGGGUAUGGAGACAAGAUGUUGAAAUACCUGAAAGAACGUAAAGAGAGCGGGGAUGAGCGCCCAUUCUUUGGUUACUAUCCUUUCACUGCACCGCACUGGCCACUGCAAGCUCCCCAGGAGUACGUCAAGAAAUAUAAAGGAGUAUACGACGACGGUCCAGAUGCCCUCCGUCUCAAGCGGCUACAGCGUCUGAAGGACCUUGGUAUGGUGCCUCAGGACGUAGAACCCCAUCCAGUUGUGGCCGAUGAGGUCAAAGAGUGGAACGAAAUGAGCGCCGAGGAGAGGGCAAACUCAUGCAAGGCGAUGGAGGUCUUUGCAGCAAUGGUCGAGUGCAUUGAUGCGAAUGUUGGCAAGGUAGUCGACUACCUUGAGGAGACAGGAGAAUUGGACAACACAUUCAUUUGCUUCCUAUCAGAUAACGGUGCGGAAGGUGCAGCCUACGAAGCUUACCCCAUCGUUCAAGGCACGAUGAUGCAACAUCUCAAGAAAUACUAUAAUAAUAAGAUAGAUAAUCUUGGCAACUACGACUCAUUCAUCUGGUAUGGACCGCGAUGGGCGCAAGCCGCAACAGCCCCCAGCAGAUUGUAUAAGGCAUAUACGACAGAAGGCGGUGUCCGUGUACCGUUCCUCAUGAAGCCGCCCGUUGGGUGGGCACAAAAAGUCGAGCCAGGAAGCAUAUCACAUCAGUUUUCCACUGUGAUGGAUAUUGCACCAACGAUUCUGGAGAUGGCAGGUGUUGCACACCCAGCCCCCACGUAUCAGGGGCGCGAGGUGGUCACUAUGCGGGGCAAGUCCAUGGUUCCCUACUUAGAACAGGCAGCUCCAUCAAUUCACGAGAAAGAGUUCAUCAACGGCUGGGAGACCUGCGGUCGAGCUGCUGUGCGAAAGGGAGAUUGGAAGAUUGUGUUCAUCCCCAAACCAAAAGGGCCUGAGCGCUGGCAAUUAUAUAAUUUAGCUAAGGAUCCAGGCGAGAUUCACGACUUGGCUGAACAGGAACCUCAGAGACUACAAGAGUUAAUCAAGCUAUGGGACCAAUACGUUCUGGAGACUGGCGUGAUGCCACUGUCUCCUGAUCUAGGAAACUGGAUUGCGGCGAUGGAGGAGCAAAUGCCGGAAAACGCAUGGAUCGAAUACGAAUACUGGAAAGAGGGGGCGAGAGACGAUCCAGCCAAGUUUACCAAGAAAGUGCCUAGGUUCACUCGAGAGAUAAAGGCGAUGUAG